GGCAGCAGUCAGAGCAUCGUCAUGUCUGGCAGAGGCAAGGGCGGGAAGGGGCUCGGCAAGGGAGGCGCCAAGCGCCACCGCAAGGUGCUGCGCGACAACAUCCAGGGCAUCACCAAGCCGGCCAUCCGCCGCCUGGCUCGCCGUGGCGGCGUCAAGCGCAUCUCGGGGCUCAUCUACGAGGAGACGCGCGGCGUGCUGAAGGUGUUCCUGGAGAACGUGAUCCGUGACGCUGUCACUUACACCGAGCACGCCAAGAGGAAGACUGUCACGGCCAUGGACGUGGUCUACGCCCUGAAGCGCCAGGGACGCACCCUCUACGGCUUUGGCGGUUAAAGGCUUUUUUGUCUGCCCGGACCAUCUCGAAAACCCAAAGGCUCUUUUAAGAGCCGCCCACUUUUUUCUGUAAAAGAGUUGUGUUACUUCAGAGCCGGGGAAAGAAAAGUGAAAAAGUGUAAUUUCAGACUUAUUUAUGUUGUAUUUUUCUUUAUUAUAGUGUGCCGUGAGAGGUGGAUAAAGCACUUGAUAGCCGAGUGUGUUUUGUAAGUAUUUUAUAAACCAGCCUAAU